AUGUCGUACACAACCUCUGAUCCGGACAAAGAAAUAGAUGCGCGCUCCACAUCCGCGCUCGCAUCCACCCGACGCAACUUACGCUACCUAUAUGACCCUAAAACCGCCCCCAACGUUGUUUCCUCGCGGCGCACACGCGCACUCCUACGGGUCCUACGAUCAAGCAUAAUUUUUGUUUUUUGGAGACUAGUCCGAUAUGCCAAGUACGUUGCGAUUGGGUCUCUAGUGGCAACGGUGGGCGCAGGGGCUUUUGGCACGUUUGUUAGUGGCGCGGGAUUUGUGCUUGCGCCUACGGGAAUUGCGGGCACAAUUUUUGCGGCGACAAUAUGGGGAGUAGGUCGGUAUGCGGUUGGGAAGGUGAAGAAGAGGUGGGGAGUGGGUGGGGGUUUUGAGGAUGAGGAAGAAGAGGAGCUGCGGGAGAUGAGAAGGAAGAGGACGGAUGCGAGGAUGGAAUAUGGUGCGGAGGCUAUGCCUUGGUGA